UAAAAGAGUACAAACUGUAAGCAGUGUUCACACUCAUAGUUUCCCAACUCUUAGUCAGAAAUGGACACAGUGAUCCAGUGGUAGUUCACUGCAGAUUCAGUUAGUGAAGUGCUGUGCUGCGGUAACGUUGUGGAACAUUUUAAUUUAUAAUGACAUCCGUGGAUUCUGGUGUUGAAAUGGGCAACGAUUCGAACGAUAGUUCGAUCGCACAACAUGAAACUCUAUCGUCGAACCAAGUUAGUACUAUCAACUCAACUAUGACAACAACAACAACAACCAUGACGACGACAGCAACUAGCUAUGAAAAUGGAACAGAUAUUUUUUUUAUUGAAGAAGUGGGAAAACCAAUUGGUUUGCCAUCGACGAUUUCAUUUUUGCCUAUGAUUAAAAACUACACAGAGGGUAGAAUUAAUGAAAUUUCGAUGCCGACGAGUAGCGUAAGACCACUUGUAUUCUCUCCCAGUAAAAGGAGGAUGAGUGUUUCUGCAUCUGAGUUAUAUUAUCGGUUACAGGGUUUAGAAUUGCAGCUACCAUGCCUGUACCCUGCGGAUAGAUUAUCAGAAUACUCAGAUGUAUUAAAAUACAAAUCUAAUUGUCAUGGAAAAAUUAAAUCAUUGUGCGCAUCACGAAAUCGUCAUAUGUCUGGCACAUAUGCUUUUGAUAAGGGUUCAGAUGUUUAUUGUAAACUAAUGAAAUCUAAAAUGCGAAGUGCAGCUGCUACAAAUAAUACCUCCUUGAUGAAAAGAUUAUUAAGCACUGGAGUUUCACCUAAUAUUCAUGACGGGACAGGACGAACUGCUUUACAUGUUGCUUCUGGAUAUGGCUAUACAGAAAUGGUACAGUUAUUAUUAGAGUAUGGUGCAGAUCCGAAUCAACGCGAUUGUGUAGGUAACACUCCAUUACACUUAGCUUCUCUUGCUCAUCAAAUAUCAGUGGUAACACUUCUUUUGAAAGCAGAAGCAAAAAUUAUAUCACGAAAUAAGGAUGGUUAUAAUCCAUUGCAAUUAGCGCAGUCGCAUUUAAAAUUAUUUCAAAAUUGUAAGGAAGAGGAUAUGCAAAGAGUAAAACAAGAGAUCCAUGAUACAGUUAAUAUGUUAUUAACGUAUCUACAAAAACAGAAGAGUUCUCAUGAAACAGUAGAAGCCUUAAGUACUUUUUAUUCACGUCUAUCUUUAUCUAACACAGCUAAUCAAGUUCAAGAUGAUGUGAAAGAUCUAUUGGCUAAUUUAGAUGCUCUUAAUAUAACAAGUUAAUUUUUUCAAUUAUCAUAUUGCCAGUUUUACUGACAAAUUAAACAAAACACGGAAUCAAAGAAGAGAUCAUCAUAUAUACUACACUCUCAAAGAGUAACUCCAUUAUUAUAAAGUAAGAAAUUGUUUUUUCAGAUAUUUACUGAGUUAUUCGAAAGUUCUCUUCUAAUUUAUAUUCGCGAGUUGAGCAGCAUAAAAAUUUUGAUCUAUGAGAUGUUAGAAUUAUAGUUAAGUCCCUUUUAUAAGUGUUAGGAUUGACAUAUUGAAAUACUGUGAAUGCAGAAGUAUGUAAAUUUAAUUUUAUUAUUGAGAAACUGUGGACUUAUUCAUCAUCCAUAGUAUUAUGACGAAAAACAUUUUCUGUACCUAUUAUCAAACCAUUUUCUUUACUAAACAAUUCAUUGAUUUUUCAUUGCUGUUAAUACUAUACGCUCAAAUUGCUAAAUUCAAGAGUUUUAAUUGGUCUUGAAAAUAUAUAUUUUAAACAUAACACUCCUAUGAGUUACAAAAGGUUUCCAUUUUAGGAUAAGGAUAAAUUCGAUACUAAAGUAUUUAUAACAAAAUUGAAUUCACACAGUUUCAAAAAAAUUAUAUAAGUAUCUUUAUAUUGUACAAUAUAAUCAGCAUUUGAAGUUAGUUUGUAUUUGCUAACAAAAAUACAAAUUAUAUUGAAUUUAUAGGAUUCAACGUAAUUUUAUAAAAUAUUUUUUUCGUGUUUAAAUAUUUAUAAAACGAGAUUUUGUGCUAGACAUUUGUAUUUCAGUUUGUUUUGUAGCAUCACUUUUUAUUAAAAUUGAUAAAAAAGUAUAUGAGUUUUACACUAUAUUUAUUGAAUUCAUAUUCAUACAGUCAAUGUGAUUGUAUGAAGAUAUUUCUAAAAGAGAUAAGUGUUACACAUUUAUUUUCAUAGACGUUAACGGUGUGUAAACAAGAUAGCAUACACAUAUAUUCAUCUAUUUUUAUUCCUACAUACUCAUGUAUUUACUUUUUUAAUUACCUAGUGUUCAUUAUUACAUAUGUAACUUUUGUCAGACAUAUUAAUUAUUCUAUGUUUGAAACAUUAUCAUUAUUGUAUCAACAUACAUAUUUCUCACUCUAAUUGCAGUCAUGAUGCGAACGUCAGAUAAAUAUAUAAAAAGUUGUAUAACUUUUAAUAUAACUAAGUGUUACAGAUUUUUUUUGUCCGAGUGUUCUAUUUGAAAGUAUAAAAUUGAAGUUGUAAACAUUUACCUCACCAAACAUGUUUUCUGCUGUAUAGUGUAUUAUUAAAGGUACGGGCAAGAUGAAGAACGUGAUGUGUUAGACUUUACCAACAAUUUAAUCGAAGAUUUGUAUUAUGAUUAAAAUAAACUUUUACAUCAACAAUCCAACAGAAAUUAAUGUAAACUGUCUAACAUUUGGAGCGAUAGAGUUUUUUUAGUACAGGUUUGCAAAUGAAAAAUUUUAGAUACAAUAUAACAUUUUUGUUAUAUCAAUAUAUGAUUCAAGUUCACAAUACUUUUAAUAACAGAUAAGAAAUAUAAGCUAUACCAGCUAAUAUUCAUAAACAGUUUCUCCGUACAUAAACGGGGUUAUGUAAAUAACUUCUGUAAUUACUUUAUACUUUCUGUACAUAAAUAAUUUUUUGUUAGCAGUACUUACAGAACUUUAAAUGAAGUAUCUUCUUUGAUAGGAACUCACAAAUAUAUGUACAUACAUGUAUCUUCAUUAUAAGCUACAAAGUAAAUGUAUCAAAAGGUAUCAUUGAUUUUAUAUACUGUGAUAUUUUUUAAAUCUCCUUUAAUUUCUUGUUACUAUAUAUUUAACAUAACCAUAUGCCAUAGUGCAUAAGUUAUUAUUAGAUUACAGAUGUCAAUAUAUUUAUGGCAUCCACAACUUUCUAAAACUUGCUAUAACAAUAUGUUUCAUAAACCUCAAUUGAGUUUUAAUAUUUGAAACAUGAGCAAACACUUCAUAAAAUGAGGAAUUUUGUAGAGUAUAAAUUAAUUUACAAAAAUCAGUACCUAUAUAAACAUCUGUAGUCUAAUCAUUAUAGGAUAGACGAUUUAAUUAUUACUCUAACUUGUGUUUGAAACAAAGAAAAUGUGUUUGAAAUAAAGAAUUAUACUACUUUUCUUGUACUGUAUCUUAAUAAUA